UUGUUUAAGGUGGAGGAUGCAAAUGUUUUAGAAAAAGAGGGCGCUUCUUCCGGAGUAACUCAUGGGACUGGUCGUGUUCUACGCCUUCGCUGCAAAUACAAAGCUGGAAACAUUUUGCUCCAAGCAUUGACUGACUUAGCUACUUUAAAUGAAUUAUUAAGCGAGAUUAGCAAGUCAACAGGUGUAGAUCGACGGAUUUUGUCCCUGUUUCAUGGUUAUCCUCCAAAACCAAUCGAUCUUUCAUCAGAUAAGCUUGAGCUGCGGCUUUACCAGGUAACUUUUAAUUGCAUCCCGAUACUAUCCGGCGACACAUUGGUUGUGGAUGAGCUGAGUAAAUCUGCCUCACCUUCCUUAAAUGCCAAACAACAACCAACUCAAAAUUCCUUUGAAAGCUUAACCAAUAGAGAUGAUAAUCUGUGUCAUUCCGGUCCUACAAUUGACUUCGAAGGUUUUGUUCGCGUUGUAGCUCCUUCUGACAAUUCUUGUCUUUUCACUAGUGUUCACUUUUGUCUAUCCAAUGCACAAUGUGGAAUAAAGCUUCCUUUUAAUCCUACCACUUCUUCGUACACUAUUCCUUCCGAUCCUGAAGCUACCUCUCAAUCUCGGCAAUUGAUCGCAGCUAUUGUAACUAGCCAACCUGAUGUUUACACCCACGCGAUGCUUGGACUCUCUAAUGACCAAUAUUGUAAACGGAUUAUGAGGGUAAGGUAA